AGGGCUAGCUGGCAGAUGGGGGCCGGGUCCUUCACCUCUGUCCCCUCUGCCUACUGCCACAUAUAAGGCCCUAGUCACAUUAGCAGUUGAGGAGGGAAAGGUGCGUGCAGCAAGAUGGACGUGGGCAGCAAAGAGGUCUUGAUGGAGAGCCCGCCGGACUACUCAGCAGCGCCCCGGGGCCGGUUCGGCAUCCCGUGCUGCCCUGUGCACCUCAAACGCCUUCUCAUCGUGGUCGUGGUGGUGGUCCUCGUCGUGGUGGUGAUUGUAGGGGCCCUGCUUAUGGGUCUUCACAUGAGCCAGAAACACACUGAGAUGGUCCUAGAGAUGAGCAUUGCGGGGCCAGAAGCCCAGCAACGCGUGGCCCUGAGCGAGCGUGCGGGCACCACAGCCACCUUCCCCAUCGGCUCCACCGGCAUCGCCGCGUAUGACUACCAGCGGCUCCUGAUUGCCUACAAGCCGGCCGUGGGAACCUGCUGCUACAUCGUGAAGAUGGCCCCGGACAGCAUCCCCAGCCUUCAGGCUCUCACUAGGAAACUGCAGAGCCUCCAGGUCAAGCCUGCAGCGCCUCCCUCGAAGCUGGGCCAGGAGGAGGGUCGUGAUACCGGCUCAGUGUCCUCCAGGAGCCUGGGCUUCCUGGGUCCCACCCUGAGCACUCUGUGUGGCGAGGUGCCCCUCUACUACAUCUAGGAGCCUCAGAACCUGUGGAAGCCUAAAAGGGACGGAAAGCUCCCUGAGCAAAGGGUUUUCGGCAAACAAACAGGAAGCUGCGCCUGCCACCCCAUAGUGACCAGCCCUGGAGAAGGGGAGCUGUGGGGAGAGGUGGGAGCCAGUAGAGGAGAGGUGGCCCCUAGGGGCCAGGGGGGCCCCAUCACAAAACAAUAAAGCAGCCUGACUGAAAAACAAA